UGCUCGUCGAAAUAGGAAGGGGAUCUUCAGGUUUAGGCAGAAAAUGCCAAGAGAAUUUGAAAGCUCUCGCAUGGGCAUGCAAUCAUCAUUUUUCCUUUUUCUGGUGUGUUUCAUCAUUUUCGUCUUGGAUAUCACAUCAACAUUCCACUGUCCGGCGACUACUCAAUCCUAGUCACGCGUGCGCGUUCCUUUUUGCAGCAACCACGUGUCAGGACCCAACAAUGAACUGUCUCCGCCAGACACAUCGACGACUCAUUCAAAGCAACAGGACACUCGCGCUACUACCGCCGAUAGAAACAUGCCGACUUGUAAUCCCUGCUCUCUCAUCACAUGCCAACCUCACGCCCAGAACCUCCAUCGCACAUGGCUCCAGCUCCUCAACACGCUGGAAGACGCGCCAGACCCGCGACCACUUCGCCCGCGAAGCAAAAGUCGCCGGUCUGAAAUCCCGUGCCGCCUUUAAACUCCUCGAACUAGACUCCAAACACCACAUCUUCCGUAAAGGGGGCACUGUGGUAGACUUGGGCUAUGCGCCUGGGAGCUGGAGUCAAGUUGCCGUGAGCAGAACGAGUCCUGGUGGUAGGGUGUUGGGGAUUGAUAUCAUCCCUGCGCAACCGCCACGAGGUGCUUCGAGUAUCCAGGGCAACUUUUUGAGUGCAGAGGUGCAGGCUGAGGUGAGGAGAUAUGUGCGCGACCCAGCGUUAGGGAGAGCGCGAGCAAGAGUCACAAUGUCGAAGCGAGGCGAAGGCGAAGAGGAAGAUGGCCCUACAGAAGAGGAAGUCGAGAGUGAAAGCCGCGGUGUGCUGCGAAUGACACAAGAGACAAAGACUAUCGGGACCGAGCAACCUGGACCACAAGAAGAAGAAGAAGGAGACCAACAACAACAACAACCCGACCAAGAGGCAGAAAAGGACGAAGAAGCACAACUCAGCGUGCGGAAAAAGGACCUCCGCGACGGCAGGGUUGUCGAUGUUGUGCUAAGUGACAUGUCAGCACCCUGGGAGCAGACAACCGGUCACUGGAUCAGGAGCGUUAGUAACCCGUAUUUCAGGAUGAUGAACACGAGCGGCACCCCCUUUCGAGAUCACGCAGGCAGCAUGGAUCUCUGCAAUGCUGCCUUGACUUUCUGCUACGAUACCCUCCGCACCGGCGGUCACUUUAUGUGUAAAUUCUAUCAAGGCUCGGAAGACAAGGCUUUUGAGAACAGACUGAAGAAGUUGUUUGACAAAGUACACAAAGAGAAGCCGGAGUCAUCACGAAAGGAGAGUAAAGAAGCAUACUUUGUUGCACUGAGGAGAAAGCCCGAUGUGCCAAGAGAGCUCGUCUUCCCUGAUGAAUAUGUUGAGGACAGCGAGUUUCCCGAAUAGAAAUUUGUUCUGCUUGUGACAUGCCAUCUGUACAAGCUCACCUAGCCUCCACG